AUGUGGAGCAAAGUCUUCAUAUUCGUCUUUUUAUCGUUGGCGGAGUCUUCAGAAGGUCUCAAGGCGCUCAUAUAUUCACCGGUAUUUGCUGCCAGUCAUUCAAACUUCAUGGGCAGAUUGUCUGACACUUUGACCGAAGCAGGACAUGAAGUUGUUAGUUUUAUGCGCGAUUUUUUUUUUAAAAAAUCAAAAAAAAAUUUGCGCGGUAAGUCUGUGGUUUGCGUAUCCGGCUUAAUAAUCGACGACAGCUUUUCUUUUUUUCGAAUUUUUUUCAUUUUUUUAUAAUUAUUUCUCUCCCAAAUUCGUGUAAAAACUAAUUAUUUCAUUUAACUCGUUUUAGACAGUUCUCAUACCAGUAGCCGAUGUCAGCCGCAUCCAUCAACACGGCGUCAGGUUGGCCAAAGAGAAGAUAUUCGUUAUGGUAGCCAUUUCAAAAAAAAAAAAUCAUCAACUAAAAUCUUCAGCCAAAUGACACUACUUCGGAGAUAUUUGAAGAACCGGAUCACAGUCAUUUCUGGACCGAAACCACAGAUCCAUCGCACAUAUUGAAGGUAUUUUUUAACUAUUUUUUUUUCCCAUUUUUUUUCCAAAUUUCAGGGUUUUGCCUGGUUUAGAGAUGCAAUGAAAGAAGCGUGUGAGAAUACUUUAUCACGCCGAGAACUCAUCGAAGAUUUGAGAAAUCGCAGUUUCGACGUCGCCUAUAUUGAGCCUCUGGCGAUCUGUGGAUUGGGUGUGAGUCCAUUGGACUUCCUGAAUAAGGAAUGUUUUUCAGCAUUGUUCGAACAUCUUGGAAUCGAGUCAGUGAUUCUCACUUCGUCGACUGUUUAUUACGACCUUAUUCCAAAUGUCCUUGGGGAGCCAAACGAACCAAGCUCUGUUCCAGGUUUCAGCCGAAUCUUUUCUUUUUGAAAUUUAAGAAUUUCAGCCGUUUUUUCUGAUACUCCGUCAGAAAUGUCGUUGAUCCAGCGAGUGAUGAACGUUCGGGCUCUCUCCUACAGCUUUAAAUUUGCUCAAGAUGUGAUGGAGAAAGAAAUGGAAGUUUACCGUCGAAUCUUCGGAAGCGAAAUGCCGCACUGGAAGGUGCUUUCGAACCAAUGGAGCUGUUUAAAAAGAGUAAGGGUUCAGGAGAUGAUCAGACGUGCAUCUUUCCACUUCACCAACGCCAAUCCGUUUCUUGACUUUCCGAGGCUCAUGCUCUCAAAAACUGUUCUUAUCGGUGGAAUCGCCGUUGACGUAGAAAAAAUCCGAGCAGAGAAAGUUUCAGAAGUAAGUUUUUUGCUGAUGAUCAAAAAAUUCUUUUUGCUAGGAAUGGGACGAGGUUCUGAACCGUCGCAAAAAGACCGUCCUGAUCUCUUUUGGGUCUCUACUUUUCUCGAGAGACAUGCCUCCGAAAGCAAAGUCAGAUUCUUCGAAAGACAUUUUUCAAGAAAUAGCUUCAGGCAAAACUUCCUGGAGAUAAUCAAAUCGAUGCCAGAAGUGACCUUCAUCUGGAAGUACGAGAGCAACGACACCGCCUGGGCCAGCAGCGCCUCCAACAUUUAUUUCUCGCCGUGGGUUCCUCAGACCGCCCUUUUGGGUACACUCCGAUUCGUUUUCUUUCCGAAUAGUUUCAUUAAGCUGACUCGCGACUCACCGCCUUCGUUACUCACGGAGGUUUGGGAAGCACGAAUGAACUGGCCUACAUGGGAAAGCCUGCUCUGACAGUGAGUUCCAAAAAAAGGAAAAAGGAAAAAAAAAAUGCAUCCUCACUGCAACUAAUAAACAUGCUAGGGAUGAAGGACAAUGAAAAAAAUGUGUGAUUCGUUAAUUUAUUAUGUAACCGUUCAUUAAGCUAUUUGUAUCUUCUUUUUCUAUUGAAUAAGUUUCCAGUUUCCAACUUCUUCAAGUUGUUAUAAAAUAGUCUGACUUACCUGCGCCCUCUUAUUUCUCACCGAAGUCGCAGCGCGAAGAGUUGGAGAGACUUUGAUAUUCAAAAGCGCAGUAGACCUGAUGCCGUAUACAAUGAAGGGGAAGAGGAUUCUCCGCGAUUCCUGAAAAUAGCUUUUACUUAAUGAAUUCUCAUUAUUUCUGAUGUAAAAAGGUUUUAUAAGAAGAUUCUAAAAGGGAGGAACAGAUUUCAGUGAAAAGAAGACUAUUUCAUGUACCUGAAAUAAAAAGAACCAGCAAGAAAAAGAAAAAAAUAUUUUGUGCAGAUCCCAAUGUUUGGCGAUCAGCCGCGCAACGCCUUCAUGCUCGAGAGACACGGCGGAUCGGUUUUCAUCGGAAAGUUUGACAUCCUUAAGCGUGACGUCAUCGAAAGGGCUCUGAAAGAGGUGCUCAACAAUCCCAAGUGAGUUCGCCACUUCAUGAUUCAGUUUGAACGUAAUUUCAGGUACGCAAGAAAUGCGCGGAAACUUGCGGAGAUGCUGAACAGCGCUCCGGUGAAGCCGAAGGACCUCGUCCUCAAGUACACCGAAUUCGCCGCCAGGUAGCGACUGAUACUCCCUCAUACCACCUUUCUUUCAAUUUUCAGAUUUGGACGCGUUCCCGAGAUGAGUCCGCACUCUGUCAAUCUCAACUUUAUGCAAUUCUACUUCCUUGACGUCGCUUUCCUUGUUGUUUUUUCAAUUGCCAUAUUAUUUUCCCUAGCCUUUUAUGUAUUUUCAAAAGCUUCUAGUUUGUUCAACGCCCGAAUCGUGAUCAAGAAAAAGUGUGAAUAGUGUUUCGACCACAUCGUUACUGGUAGCAAUACGGGUGUUUUUUUUCUUUUUGGAACUAAUUAUUAAAUGAAAAAUUAAAUUUUCAAUAUCCAUUUGUUUGCAAUUAAUUUCGAAAAGAGUAUUAUGUUCAUUGGCUAGCUGAGUCAAAAGAUCCAAGAACGAUGAAAAAAGGACGUUUUGUCCAGAAGAAGUACCACCUUCUUAAAGGAAGUUGGAUUGAACAAAAUAUUUUUUCAGGUGUGCGAUUUUAAGAGAUAAAAUAGAUAAAUAUGAAAAAAAAGUACUUGAGAAUUUCAAGAUUCUUGUAUCGAUUAAAUGCCAUUGAUAACUUGAGAAACGACCAAACACAACAUUACGCAAUCUCAGAGGUCAAACGUUGCUUGAUUUAUCAAUAAAGGUCUAGAAAACGUCUUUCUGCUUCUUUACAGUAGCAAUUUUAGAAUUUCGUUUAAACUUUUUUCAAUUUGCGAUUUCAGAUGCUACUCAUUUCUUUCUUCCUUUUUACAUGUUCAAAUGCGCUGAAAGUUCUGGUGUACGCCCCGAUUUUCGGGACGAGCCAUUCCAAUUUCAUGGGAAAACUGGCCGACACUCUAACUGAAGCCAAACAUAGUGUGGUACGUUCUGAAAGCGCCAAUGAUCUUGAAUGAAACGUAUAGAAAAAUCAGAAGAUCAGUUUUUGAAAGGUGGGGUGUUCUAAACCUUCACUGAUAAACUUUGUGUUUUUCUAAUGAUAAGAAACUCCGGUAUAUUUCGGUUCCUUGUUUUUGAAGGAGGAGAUGUUUGUAAAUAAGAAAAAUAUUAAUUUUGAUAAGGGAAACGGAAAAGGUAGCGUAGACGGACAGAGUCCAAACGGCUUCGAAAAUGCCUUUAAAAAAACUAGGGCUCAUUUUUGAGUUCCUAAUUUUAAAAGUUUCUCUGAAUCUCCUUUCUAACUCUUUUACGCCUUUUUUCUUCUAUAAAGUUCUUUUUUAGACAAAGUCAAGAGAAAGGAGCCUUUUCCCAAGUAUUCUUUUAAAGUCCUGCCUGCUGAACAUUGCCUGUUCGAUUUUAACUUCGAAAAGCUCCAGUUUCAGGGAAAGGUGUCGAUUUUUUAACAAUUUUUCUAAAAAUUGGCUUUUAGAAAAAUUGUUCUCUAUCUCCGACUGUCUCUGAGCAAAAAUUCAAGAAUCUUCUGCCAGAUUCAUUUUUGUAUCAAUUUUUCUUUCGGGUAGAUUUUUUAGCCCAUUCCCAUUUACAUCAGACUGGCUUGAGCCAUCGAAAAAGUUUCCUGAACGCUUAAAAAAAACGAAAUAGUAUUUGAUUGCUGGAGAGCGCAGACAGUUCCCGGUCUCUUAGCGUCCCAAGCUAGCCUUGCAUUGGCUAUAAUUCAGACUAAAAUGAAAGUCUUUUGAAAUAAGUAACUUUUCAGACAUAUUUGGCUCCUGUAGCCGAUAUGAGUUUGGUGAACCGAACCGGCGUAAAACUGACGAAAAAUGUCAUUCUUGUUAAAGUAAGCACCCUUUUCUAACUCAUGAUAUCAAAAAAAUCUCAGCCGGAAGACUUUGAAAGCGAUGUUUCGAUAAAAAAGGCAGAUCACUCUCAUUUUUGGACUGAUUCCCACGAUCCUUCCGUCACCAGCGACGUAAUUCAAAUGAGAGCCACUCUGUUUUUAAAUCUAAUUGAGGGCUUCAAAUGGUUCGGAAGAGUUAUGCAGAAGUCUUGUCAGAAUACUCUGAGCGAUUCGGAACUUCUGGAGCGACUUAAGGCCGAGAAGUUUGACGUCGCCUACGCAGAACCGGUAGUUCUCUGCGGCGUUGGUUGGUCUUCGACAUUUCUUUAAUGCUAAAAGCCAAAUCUCGUGGUUCACAGCUUCAGAAGAAACCAUGCUCGUUUCCUAUUUUCCAGCUCUGUUCCACUACUUGAAAAUAGAAGCCGUGAUUCUGACGACGUCGACAGUCUACUUCGACAUGGUUCCGCACCUGGUCGGCGAGCCUCUGAUGCCCAGUUGCUUGCCUUGUACUCUUCAUCCUCUCAAUUUCUUGACUGAGUGAUCUUUAGCUUUGUUUUCUGAAGUUUCGGAUGAGAUGACGUUGCUGGAACGGCUUCUGAAUCUGCGGACGCUGUGGUGGUCGCAUUCGAUCAACGAGGAACUCAUGGCCAACGAGACUUUGAUCUACAGACACUUCCUCGGAGAAGACGUUCCUACCGGCACAGUUGCUUCAACAUCAGUUUAAUAUUGAAACAAGCUUGAUUUUCACAGGAGCUGCUCCCUCAGGCGACUUUCCUGUUCACCAACUCGAACCCUUAUCUCGACUUUCCGCGUCCGACUCUUCACAAGACCAUCCAAAUCGGAGGGAUUACACUCGACAUGGCCAGAAUUCGUUCAGAAAAAGUUUCUCAGGUUUGGAAGAUUUUCCAAAAUUAAUUGGGUCAAAAGAUUGGAAAAUUAUAGCUUGAUCGGGUUGAAGAAGAUUCAACUAUGAAAUUAUGAAAUUAUGGAAACGAAGGGCCUUUUUUGUGUUAUUUCGGGUCUGUACCUUUAGAUUUCGGAAAAAAUUUCUUGAGCAGAUUGGUAAAAAAGCCCCUAAAGUUUGGGACCUCAGGACGUCCUUCAGCGGUCAAUCAGAAAAAUCCAAGCCAGAAAAUGCCUCCUUCCAUUCAAAUCGGCCAUUUUAAAAACCAGGAGCUCGACAACUUAUUGAACCUUCGCAAAAAGUCGGUUCUCGUCUCUUUCGGAUCCAUGAUCGCGUCCAGCGAAAUGCCGCUCAAAUCAAAGUUCUUACUCCAUUUUUUAUUUUUGACGUUUGAGUUGAAACCCAGGAGCAAUCUUCUGUCAAUAUUCAAAUCGAUGCCCGAAGUGACUUUUAUUUGGAAGUACGAAGACGAGGAUACGAAAUGGGCCGGAAACGUCGAGAACGUCCAUUUCAUGGCCUGGGUACCGCAAACGGCUCUUUUAGGUUCCCUUUUUUGUCAAAUCGAGGAUUUGUUCUGAAAUUUUUCAGCUGACCCUCGCUUGUCCGCUUUCGUGAGUCACGGCGGACUUGGCAGCAUAACUGAAGUCGCAUACAGUGGAAAACCUGCCGUCACUGUCAGGUUUUUUCUUAUUAUAACAUAAAAUAAUCGUAAAUUUUCUUUUCCAAGAGAGUUUAUUCAAGUGUUAAGUUCGUAUUUUUCUGAGAACACGGGCAAAGUACAAACGAUCUCAAAAAUAAAACCUGGAGCUCCUUUUUGAGUUCCUAAACAUAUGUCGAAAGCUCCUUUCUAAAAUUCUCUAAAACUUUUUUUCCGCUUCUUCUUUUUUCUCCUAAUAAGGUCAAGAAUAAAGAAGCCUGUUAGGUCUUCUUCCCAAAAGCUUCUUUUAAAAAUUCACAUUCCAAAAAGUUUCGUGCACAUAGACACUAAGGAGACGCUUCCUCUAGAAUCCGUUUGAUAAUAAAUUCCAAACUUGACACGAAAACGAACUUCCUUGUCAGAUUCCGAUCUUUGGCGACCAGCCAAGAAACGCGCAGAUGCUGAAAAAACACGGCGGCUCAAUUUUGAUCAACAAAUUUGACAUGGACAACAGCGAAAUCGUUGAGAAGGCUAUCCGCUCAGUCCUUUAUGAAGAAAAGUAGGACUUUUUUUACUAUUCCAUCAAAAAAAUCUUCAUUAGGUACUCUCAAAGCGCUAAAAAGUUGUCGGAAGUUCUGGAAUCCGCGCCGCUGAAGCCAAAAGAACUCGUCCUUCGAUACACCGAGUUUGCCGCCAAGUCUGUUUCUUCUUGAUUUCAUUUUGAAAUAAUCAACUUUAGGUUUGGAAAAUUGCCGAAUUUGGACCCUUACGGAAGAAAAAUUUCCUUCGUUCAGUACUACUACCUUGACGCGUUAUUCAUGGGUUUUUCAACUCUAGUUCUUGUUUUUCUCGGCAGCUUUUAUUUAUUGAAAUGUUUUUCCAGGCCGUUAA